ACUUCUAGAUAUAAGCACACAUGGCUCCUGGUAUCUCAAAUGACAAGAAAACUGAAGAUGAACAGUCUUCAAAAGAGAAUUUUAUUCAUCUCUGCAACCCUCACCUCGAGAAAAUGGAAGAAGACAUCCUGUACCAUUUUGCCCUUGGGACUGGUACCCAUGAUCUUCCUGCAUUGUUUGGGGAUGUAAAGUUUGUGUGUGUUGGAGGAAGUCCUUCGCGGAUGAAGACCUUUAUCACUUACAUAGCUGACGAGCUGGGACUUGGAAGCCCGGGCUCCGAGCAUCCGAACAUCUGUGCGGGAACCGACCGUUACGCCAUGUACAAAGUGGGGCCUGUCCUGUCAGUCAGUCAUGGUAUGGGCAUUCCUUCUAUUUCGAUCAUGUUGCAUGAGCUGAUCAAACUGUUACAUCACGCGAAAUGUUCCAAUGUAACCAUUAUUCGCAUUGGCACCUCUGGUGGAAUAGGUCUGGAGCCAGGGUCGGUAGUGAUAACUAGGCAGUCUGUAGAUGCCACCUUCAAGCCUCAGUUUGAACAGGUUAUUCUGGGAAAGACUGUAAUUAGGAGUACAGACCUAGAUGAACAGCUAGCUAAGGAGCUGAUGCAAUGCAGUAAAGAAAUCAAUGAAUUCAAUACAGUCAUUGGGAACACUAUGUGCACUUUGGAUUUCUAUGAAGGACAAGGCCGGUUAGAUGGUGCAAUCUGCUUAUACACUGAAGAAGAGAAACUGCAGUAUUUGAGGGAAGCUUUUGAUUCUGGAGUCCGAAACAUUGAGAUGGAAUCAUCUGUCUUUGCUGCAAUAUGUAAUCUCAGUGGUGUUAAAGCUGCAGUGGUGUGUGUCACUCUCCUGAAUCGACUCAAAGGGGAUCAGAUUAGUAGCUCACAUGAUGUACUUGUGGAGUAUCAACAAAGACCACAGAAAUUAGUGGGUUAUUUCAUUAAGAAACGUCUCGGGAAAGUAUGAAACGGUCAUCUUUUGUUUCAUAGGAGCAGAAGGCCGGUGUUUUUUCAUAGCUGAGUCAUGGUCACAAAUCCUGUGCAAUAAAGGUCAUUUGCCUUAGAAUAGCUUACAACA